AUUCCCGAGUAACGCUGGUUUACGUUUCAGGUUGGUACUCGGCCACGUAGAGUCGAGGAAACAGCUGGCAGAGCUGCUUAGGAUUGUGUUGAAAAUGCUGGGAGAGAAAAAGCAGUUAAUCGUGAAAAGGGACCUUUACGCUGACCCCACGUUUCCAGCCAGCGAUACCUCUAUAUUUUCUGAUUACUGUACCCCGCUUGCUCAGUUCAGAGGCGAGAUUUCUUGGUUGAGACCUAAGGACAUUUGUUCUACUCCUCGGUUAUUUUCAAACAAUCUGCAGGAUGUGCAAGUGAAACAAGGGAUUUUGGGAGACUGUUGGUUCCUAUGUGCCUGUGUAGCUUUGCAGAAGAAUAAAUACCUACUGAAUAAGGUAAUCCCUCCGGGUCAGCCCAUCUGGACGGAUGAGUCGUAUCAAGGCUGUUUCACUUGUCGAGUCUGGCAGUUUGGGCACUGGGUGGAAGUGACCAUCGACGACCGUUUGCCUUGCCUUGGUGGGAAACUCUGCUUUUCCCAGUGUCAGACAGAGGAUUUGUUUUGGCUUCCCCUAUUGGAAAAAGCUUAUGCCAAAGUGCAUGGAUCUUACGAGCAGCUGUGGGCAGGGCAGGUGGCAGAUGCUUUGGUUGAUCUGACUGGAGGAAUCGCUGAAAGAUGGACCCUGAAGGACCCUGGAAGGAACACGGGGAAAGAGAAGACUGGCAUGGUUUUGGAGAAAGCAGUGUUUAGAAGAUUAAUGAAUCUGAAGGAACAGUGUGUGAUAAGCUGCUCAGUCCUCAAUUCCAGACAAGGUGGAAGCGAGCUGGGGGAAUUUCAUGCCUUCAUUGUGAUAGAUGUGUUGAAUCUGACUGAAGUGUCGGGCAAAGACAUCUUCCUGCUGCGGAUACGAAACCCUUGGGGGAGGCGGUGCUGGAGAGGCCCCUGGUGUGAGGGUGGUGAAGGAUGGAGCCAGCUAGAUCCAGGAGUCGCCUCAGAACUGCUCUCACAGAUCCAAGAGGGAGAAUUCUGGGUUGAUGAAGAGGAAUUUUUCAGGGAAUUUGAUGAGAUUACCAUGGGCUUUCCAGUCACUGAGGAAGGACAACUUCAGAGCCUCUAUACAGAGAAAGUGCUGCAUCACUCCCAGAAUCUUUGUGGGUCCUGGGUGAGAGGCCAGUCUGCAGGCGGCUGCCGGAACAACAGCAGCUUCCCUACCAACCCGAAGUUCUGGCUGAGGGUCUGUGAGAAGAGCGAGGUGUGCGUUGCUCUGCUGCAGAAACACAGGAAGUGCGGUGCUGACUGGGCCGGAAGAAUUCAACAUCUGACUCGCUUGGCGGAGGAGAACCUGUCUUUGACUGAAGGCGUACAGGGGAAGAGUUACCAGGCUGUGGGACUUCAUGUCUGGAAG